GCAGAGAAGUGUUUACAAAAUUACGCGCGAUUAAGUGAGUUUGUGCAAUCAAUUUGAGUAAAACUUGUAAAGUAAAAUGCCUCCGAAACGAAAAUCCACCACCGCAACGGACGAGGAGGACGACGAGUAUCGCAAGAAGCGUGAUCGCAAUAAUCAGGCGGUAAAGCGGAGCCGCGUAAAGUCGAAAAUGAAAACGGAAGAGACACAGCAGCGAGUGAACGAACUGCGCGUAAAGAACCAGCUGCUCGAGGAUAAGAUCGAUAACCAGCGGAAGGAGCUAAAGUUUUUGAAGGAGCUUUUCCUAACCCAGGCCCAGGCAAAGGCCGACAAGCUGGUCGGAGUCAACCUGAACGAGCUGUUGCGCGUCUCGGACGAGGAGGACAGUGCCGAUGAGGGGCCGAGCAAACAGAAGAAGAACGAUCCAUCGAAAGGGGAAGGCAGCAGCGGGAGUAAACGGCCCAGAAGGUGAGAUCAGAUCGCCGGACACUCCUGGAAUCUACAUCUGCUUACGAGUACUAAUUUUAAACUAGCAUUUCUGUAGACGAUCGGCGAAAGCAUAAGUCAUUAAGAUUGUUGGGUACGGUUAAGUAAGAAACACAACACGCAAUUGUAUAAAAUACAGCUCAUUGCAUCAUGCCUAGUUUUAAUCGAUAAAUCUAAGUUUUAAUACACCUGUACUCCUACACACCAUU